GAGUCGUGGUACCUGGCGUUGUUGGGCCUGGCCGAGCACUUCCGCACGUCGAGCCCGCCCAAGGUGCGGCUCUGCGUGCACUGCCUGCAGGCUGUGCUGCCCCGCAAGCCCCCGGCCCGUAUGGAGGCCCGCACCCACCUCCAGCUCGGCUCUGUCCUCUAUCACCACACCCGCAACGGCGACCAGGCCCGCGGGCACCUGGAGAAGGCGUGGUUGAUAUCCCAGCAAAUUCCCCAGUUUGAAGAUGUUAAGUUUGAGGCAGCCAGCCUUCUGUCUGAACUGUAUUGUCAGGAGAAUUCAGUGGAUACAGCAAAACCUCUGUUACGCAAAGCUAUUCAGAUUUCACAGCAGACUCCGUACUGGCACUGUAGAUUGCUUUUUCAACUUGCACAACUACAUACACUUGAAAAAGACUUAGUAUCAGCAUGUGACCUUCUCGGAGUUGGAGCAGAAUAUGCUCGGGUGGUAGGAUCAGAGUAUACCAGAGCACUUUUUCUGCUAAGCAAGGGGAUGCUCCUUCUAAUGGAACGAAAGCUGCAGGAGGUGCACCCUCUCCUUACCCUUUGUGGGCAGAUAGUUGAAAACUGGCAAGGAAACCCCAUCCAGAAGGAGUCGUUACGUGUAUUCUUCUUAGUCCUGCAGGUCACGCAUUACCUGGAUGCUGGGCAGGUGAAGAGCGUGAAGCCGUGCCUGAAACAGCUUCAGCAGUGCAUCCAGACCAUCUCCACGCUGCAUGAUGAUGAAAUCCUGCCCAGCAACCCUGCUGAUCUCUUUCACUGGCUGCCCAAGGAACACAUGUGUGUGCUUGUCUACUUGGUGACAGUGAUGCAUUCCAUGCAAGCAGGGUACCUGGAGAAGGCUCAGAAAUACACAGACAAAGCACUCAUGCAGCUAGAGAAGCUAAAAAUGUUGGACUGCAGUCCUAUCUUGUCAUCUUUCCAAGUUAUUUUGUUGGAACACAUUAUCAUGUGUCGGCUUGUCACGGGACACAAAGCCACGGCAUUGCAGGAGAUUUCACAAGUCUGUCAGCUCUGCCAGCAGUCUCCCAGACUGUUUUCUAAUCACGCUGCCCAGCUGCACACUCUGUUAGGCCUCUACUGCAUUUCUGUUAAUUGCAUGGAUAAUGCAGAAGCACAAUUUACUACAGCACUGAGGCUCACUACACAUCAAGAACUGUGGGCAUUUAUUGUGACAAACUUAGCCAGUGUGUACAUCAGGGAAGGCAACCGGCAUCAAGAGCUUUACAGCUUAUUGGAAAGGAUAAAUCCAGACCAUAAUUUUCCUGUGAGCUCUCACUGUCUUCGAGCUGCGGCUUUCUACAUCCGAGGUCUGUUCUCCUUCUUUCAAGGAAGAUACAAUGAGGCAAAACGAUUUUUGCGAGAGACACUGAAAAUGUCAAAUGCAGAAGACUUGAAUCGAUUAACAGCGUGUUCUCUCGUACUCCUGGGUCAUAUAUUCUAUGUGUUAGGGAAUCACAGGGAAAGUAAUAAUAUGGUAGUACCAGCCAUGCAGCUUGCAAGCAAGAUACCAGAUAUGUCUGUGCAGCUGUGGUCUUCAGCUCUGUUGAGAGACCUGAACAAAGCCUGUGGAAACGCCAUGGAUGCACACGAGGCCGCACAGAUGCAUCAAAACUUCUCGCAACAGCUCCUCCAGGACCACAUUGAAGCGUGCAGUCUUCCAGAACACAAUCUAAUCACGUGGACAGAUGGACCACCUCCUGUACAGUUCCAGGCACAGAAUGGACCGACCACCAGCCUGGCCAGUCUCCUGUGAAAAAGAAUAACUAUCAGGACAGUGCAUUUAAAAGGAAAAAGAAAAAAAAAAAAAAGCCAAAAAAAAG